AUGCAUCGCUUCAAUGUGCUGCUGACAAGACUUAUUCUCCUAUUCUCUGCUGUUGUCUUGAUCCAUUCUUCAAGUGGUGGUUCCAAUCACAAUGAUAAUGAGGAUGAUGGUCAUAUGGUGUUGACCGAUCAAGUUUGGACCGUCUCUUGGAAUGCUCCAUUCUUGUCAUCUUCGUCAGGAUAUGGAAGCGAAGCCACCUCCUUCUUGAUUGGUCUCAAUCAAACUCUUCCCGAACUAAAAGAGAAGGGUGACCAUUGGCAGAUUGGCGCUGGUCUAGCACACGCAGAUAGUAUUGAUCACAAGUACAUGAACGGUCUACCAACCGAUUUGGAGGAUCUCUUUUUCAAAGCCAGUGGUUUGCAACAUAUUAUGGAUCCCGAUUUCACGGUAGUCGUUUGCCAUUCCGAACCUGGAGCAUGGUCCGUUCCUACACCAUUGUACGAGAGUCCGUGGCCUUGUCCUCCUCCUAUUCAGGACAACAACAAGAAAAAAUGGAAAAAGCUUGUGGGUAGAACCAUGUUCGAGACGGACCGGUUGCCGAAUGGUUGGGACGAUCGAUUGAACCAAAUGGACGAAAUAUGGGUUCCGACCCAUCAUCACAAACAGAUAUUUGAAAAUGGGGGUGUCACCAAGCCAGUGGUAGUGGUAGGGCAAGGUAUUGAUGUCGACUAUUGGGAUCCCCAUGAACAAGAACCUCUUCCUUUCGACAAAAUUGACAAACACAGUCGUUGUUCGGAAAGCGACUACAAGUUUCUGUCCGUGUUUAAAUGGGAAUCACGGAAAGGACCUGAUAUAUUGCUACCUUCCUUUUUCAAUGCAUUCCCAGGAAGAAAGGGGGCCUGUCUAAUUAUUGUGACCAGUCUGUAUCACCGCGAUGCCGAAUUGGUGGUGGACGAAGUCAAGGCCUAUUGGAAACAGCACCUUCAAGCUACUACUAGUAGUACUCCAAAUCAACAAGCAGCACGACCGGAAGUCAAGGGUGUCAUUUUGUUGACGGGAUUAAAGCUCAAGGCACUCGUUCGAUUGUACAAUUCAGUGGAUGCCUUUGUGUUGCCCAGUCGAGGGGAAGGCUGGGGACGACCAUACAUGGAAGCCAUGGCCAUGGGGUUGCCAGUGAUUGCUACGAAUUGGUCGGGACCUACAGAGUUUCUCAAUGAAGAUAAUGGUUACCUUUUACCCAUCAGAGGAUUGGUCAAUGCCAACUUGGAUAGCUUCCCUGGGCACAAGUGGGCAGAUCCUGAUCCUGCCAUCUUGACCAAGUUAAUGAAGCACCUUUCGGAAAAUCCAAACGAGGGAAAAGUCAAAGGUCAACGUGCUCGAAAGGAUGCCGUAGAAAAGUGGUCCAACUUGGCACUAUCUCGAGAUGUCGCUCGAGAAUUGCAAAGGCUAGCGGGAAGAUCAAGUGACAAUGUGGGUGGCGGUAGCACCUCCACUACCAACGAGAAGGUAGUAAAUCCUCAGAGCAAUGAUGCUGAUGAGCUGUGA